AUGGACAUGAAGCUGGAGCCAUACGCCAUUUUCAACGACGCCUUCGGCACACAGCCAACAGCAGGCCACUAUACCACCUUCUGGCCGUUUCCUCGUCUGCCUGCCGAGCUGAGGACGCAAAUCUGGACCGAAUGCAUACCUGCGCGCCGUUUCAUACGCGUUCUUCUGGAUAAUGACAGAGUCGAGGUGUUCCCAGAGCUGUAUACUACCAAAAAUGAGCUCGGCAAUGUUAUCAGCGGCUGGCCUUAUCGUGUACGAGCAGCCGGAUCGAAAGAGUGGUCGCCUGAUACCUUGGCCAGGGUCAAUCGGGAGGCCAGCAAUGUAUUUCGCCGUAUUUGCCGGAUCUGUGCCAACCCCUACCCCGUACACAGUCCUACCUAUUUAGACCGCAACCCUCGACCCAUCAAGGCCGAUUUGACACAAGUCGCUGUCAGUACGGAUCCGCGUCGGAACGUUUUCUUAUGGAACCGCUUCAAGGCCAACUUCGGGGUAGGACGACAGAUAGAUGUGCGUUAUAUCCUUACUGCUAUGCCUUCCACCCAGUCCGCAAUACUCGGCCAUGCAGGUUUUGUCGAAGUACUGCAGAGGGACGACGAGAUCUGGGCCGACUGGACGGCCAAACUGGGCCAACAGGUGUGGGGAGAACGGAUGGACCAGGAGGAAUACGAGGCACAGCGCAUUUCUCUUCCGCAAGCAGCUAGGUUUUGGAGCUUUCCCCAAGAGGCGUUCGGAGACGUGCCUGAUAUCGACGAGAUAGACUUCAUGGGCACGGCCGCAUGGGAGCCAAAGAUGGUGAAGGAUCUCUCUGGGUUUCAUCCUGGAAUCGGGGUCUUCAACCUGCCUUGAAUGAUGCACAGAACAAACCAGCAAGAUGAGGCCCCAGACUGUCUGGAAGAAUGUCGCAAUCGUGACGCCAUGGAGCUGGCAGAAAGACGGGAUCACUGCGACGAGGGUGGGGUCAAGGUUGAUGUUGAGAAACUUCUGUUCUCGACCCUGGGAACGACGCCGGAGGGUUCGAUCAUCCUCAGGUGAAGCGGCGAAUGAGUGAGAAGAGGAGGCGAUGAGCUUGCGCCAAUACUUAACAGAGCCCCAGGUAUUCUGCCUUGUGAGCCAAGCAACAUAGUCGCCGAAGUACGGUCUCGAAUCUUGCUUGGUAGUGAGUCGCCCGCGAUACGCGCUAGCCAGGUCUCGAAACAGGACCGAUACGGACAUGUCGUCCACGAGCGCGUGGCUAAUCUAAAGCUUUCAGGCG